UUCCUCGGCGAGCCCGUCCCCGCCGACGAGGCCCGCGCCAAGUGGCCCCAGCGCUACCAGCGCGGCUCCCCCAAGAGGCCCGAGGAUGAGGAGGACAUGAAGGCGCGCGUCCACUACCGCUCCGCCAUGGUCGAUGGCGUGGUCUACGCGCUGGGCGACGACGUCUACGUCAUGGCUGGGGAAAAUGAGGCUGAUUACAUUGGCAGAAUAACUGAGUUUUUUGAGGGUGUUGACAAGACCAGCUACUUUACCUGUCGUUGGUACUUCCGUCCAGAGGACACGGUUAUAUCUAGAGCCAAAUUUGUCAAUGAUCACACACAUGACCCAAAGCGUGUCUUUCUCUCCGAGGAAAAGAAUGAUAAUCUGCUUGAUUGCAUCAUAUCAAAGGUCAAGAUAAUCCAUGUUGAUCCCAAUAUGGACCCAGCAGCCAAGGCCAAACUGGUGGCUCGCACCGACUUAUACUAUGACAUGUCAUAUACAGUUGCUUAUUCUACAUUUGCUAACAUCCCAUCAGACACCACAGAGAAUUCUGGUAUUUCUACUGAUGCUGAUUCAGAGAAUGGGACCCCAGUAAAAACGGCAUCCCUCCUUGACCUGUAUUCUGGUUGUGGUGGGAUGUCAACAGGGCUGUGCUUGGGUUCAGCACUUGCUGGCCUGAAACUUGAAACAAAAUGGGCUGUUGACCUGAACAACUUUGCAUGCAAGAGCCUUAAAUAUAACCAUCCCAAAACAGAGGUUCGAAAUGAAAAAGCCGAGGAUUUUCUUGCACUUCUUAAGGAAUGGGCGAUUCUAUGUGACAAAUAUGUCCAUAGCAAUGAUUCUGAUGCAGCAGAUCCUGUUGAGGAAGAGGAAGAUGAUGAGCCUCUUGGAAAGGAUGAGUUUGUGGUGGAAAAGCUACUUGAGAUCUGCUAUGGUGGCACUGGGAGGAAAAAUGGAAUCUAUUUUAAGGUUCAAUGGAAAGGAUAUGGCCCAGAAGAGGAUACCUGGGAGCCCAUAGAAAACCUGAGUGACUGCCCAUUGAAAAUUAAAGAGUUUGUGCAAGAAGGGUACAGGCGAAACAUUCUACCCCAGCCUGGUCAGGUUGAUGUUAUUUGUGGUGGCCCGCCCUGCCAAGGGAUAAGUGGGUUCAACCGAUUUAGAAACCGUGAUAACCCUUUAGAAGAUGAGAAAAAUCAACAAAUGGUUACCUAUAUGGACAUUGUUUCUUAUCUGCAACCAAAGUUUGUCUUGAUGGAGAAUGUGGUGGACAUUCUGAAAUUUGCUGAUGGCUAUCUUGGAAGAUAUGCAUUGAGCCGUCUUGUAUCCCUGAACUACCAAGCCCGCCUUGGAAUGAUGGUAGCUGGUUGCUACGGGCUUCCUCAGUUCAGAAUGCGGGUGUUCCUUUGGGGAGCUCUCCCUACCAUGGUCCUCCCAAAGUAUCCUCUCCCUACUCAUGAUGUAGUUGUACGUGGUGGUGCUCCAAAUGCUUUCUCGCAAAGCAUUGUUGCAUAUGAUGAGACGCAAAGACCGACUUUGAAGAAAGCUCUCCUUCUUGGUGAUGCCAUUUCAGAUUUGCCCAAGGUAGACAACUGUCAACCUCAUGAGGUAAUUGAAUAUGGUGGUCAACCCAAGACUGACUUCCAGCGCUACAUUCGACUUAGUCGUAAAGAUAUGUUGGACUAUUCCUUUGGUGAUGCCACUUGUCCUGAAGAAGGAAAGCUCUUGGACCACCAGCCUUUGAGGCUAAACCAAGAUGAUUAUGACCGUGUCCAGCAGAUUCCGAUAAAGAAGGGGGCAAACUUCCGUGACUUGCCAGGCGUCAAGGUCGGAGCGAAUAACAUUGUGGAGUGGGAUCCAGAUGUUGAGCGUGUCUACCUCAAGUCCGGCAAACCUUUGGUCCCUGACUAUGCAAUGUCCUUCAUCAAGGGCAGAUCACCAAAGCCGUUUGGUCGGUUGUGGUGGGAUGAGACAGUUCCCACGGUGGUGACCAGAGCAGAGCCCCAUAACCAGAUCAUACUGCACCCGAAUCAGGGACGUGUUUUGACUGUCCGUGAGAACGCAAGGCUGCAGGGUUUCCCUGACUACUACCGGAUGUAUGGUCCCAUGAAGGAGAAGUACAUCCAAGUCGGUAAUGCGGUGGCUGUCCCGGUUGCACGGGCUCUGGGCUACUCCUUGGGCCGAGCAUACCAGGGUGAGGUGGACGCGGGGUAUGAUGCGCUGUUUGUUCUUCCUGACAGCUUCACCAACAUCGGACAGACCGGUGCGAGGGCAAGGGCCUCCUCCGUUGGGACCCCUGCAGGCGAGGUUGUUGAGCAGUAGAACAGAGCCUAUCUGUUGUGUUAUGUGGGGUGUGGGGUUCGAGUCUAGUCCAUUUGUCACAGGAACUAAAAUGCUGCAGCAUGUAAGGAUUGCUCCAGUUGUUACUGUACUUCGCUGGUUGAACUUGUGAUCAUUGAGAUCCUGAGUCGUAGAUGAAGAAACUGGUAGUAUGUUGUUCCAUUGUUGCUACCCAUUGACAAUUAUUAUUGUCUGUUGUUUCAUCA